AUCCCUGCCUCUGGGUAGGAUUCUCUACUCCCACCACCCUGUUCUCAAAGAGUCCCAACAAGCAGCAGACUCCACAGGCUCCCUGGCUCAGUCUCACUGUCAGGGAAGUCGCCCCCUGCACACCCCAGUCUAGCCUUUCCUUCACUUGCUGCAGUCCCAGCCUCUGGCUUCAUGUAUUGCUUUCUAGGGGAAGAUUCUAGCCCUGAAACUGGCCAGCCUAGGAUUCUGCACUCUCGCCCUUUGCUCUGUCCCCUAACUUGUCCUCUCCAGGCUGGCUGCAAGUUCAGUUCCCUAUUUCAGCCCUCCUGCCCCUGUCCGUGGACGCUGGAGGCUUAGAGGUCAGAAGCUCUCAGCUGGUGCCCUGCAGGACUAGUGUCUCUCCAUUUGUUUCGGGGGGGCCUCUCCCUCCCCUCCCCCUCCAGCUCUAGUCUCUGUCCAAGGAAUUUUAGGGAGAGGGUCAGCUCUUGGCAAGGCUACGUAGGGCUGUAGGAGGGGAGGGAGGGUGUGAACUCGAUUUGCUCUUCAGCUUGGCUGGCCAGGAAGUGUACAGGAUUAACGUCCUCUUCAGAUCCUGUGCCAGGAGGAAGGGUCUUUUGAGAACAGGGGCCGGUUAAAGAUCACUUGCACGUGGAAAAACCACACUUGGAAGUGGAGGGUGAGGGGGGCUGAGGAGUCGCCAUGGGGAUAUUUGGCGAGCACUUGGGUGAGGCGUUAGGGUGGAGGAGAACAUGUGUGUUCUGAGGGGUUUGGCGGGGGGUCAAAGGAGUCCAGCUGGAGGGCCCCUCCCAGAGGGCUCUGGGAGGUAACCCGGCCACCUGUGCCUCCACUUCACUGUAACAGACUAUUGGUGUGUGAGAGCCUUUCCUCGACCUUUGACUCCUCCCUUUACAACUCCCAAGGGGUUUCCAGAACGUCCCUGAGAUGCUCAGCUGAGAUUUUCUUCAGUGCCUCCCGAGCCCUGUUCUGCAGUUGCGUUUUCUUCUUCUUUCCAAUCCUGCCCUCUCCAGGACGGAGAACAGCAGGCUCUUAUUUUUCCUAAGACUUUUCCCAGCUCGUGUUUCUCCAGACUGGUUCUCAGGCUUACUCCAGACACCAAGUUCUCCCACAGGUGCUUCCUCACCCGGAAGGACUGGUUCCGGGGAACUCCGAGAGUAACUGCAUCACGUUGGGUUUGGCCUCGCCCCAGCCCACCUUGCUCCAAGGCAGUUAGAGAGAGAGGAGCCUUCUUGCUCUAGUAGUAGAGACCCCCUUGGAGCCGCCCUUUUCAAGCUCCACAUUCCCUUCCUGGGUACCCAGCCCCUCCCAUGCUCCUCCCCUUCCCUUCCCUUCCUCCAGGGACACCAUGGCAACGCAAAAGCAAGGGCGGUUGUCGUGGAAACAGUCCUUUAAAAUUCCCUGAAUUUGGGGCACAGCCCUCCAGGGGUUGGGGCGGGGGACGUUAGGGUCCGACUGACUAGUGGCACAUCCUCUGUUGUCUCGUCACUACUGCGCAUCUCUACAGAAGCUUCCUCAAGUCCUGAACCCCGCUCUCCUUGCAGCCUCAGAGAUCUAGGGACAGGUACAGACACCAGCCCCGCCCUCUGGGAACCUUGGGCCUUUGAAGGAAGCAAACGUACCCCAGGGCACAUGCAGAGACCGAGACAGGAUUGAGACAGGAUUGAAUAGCCCGCGCGCAGCCCGACAGACCUCUGGUUCCUGGUGCUUGGAUUCCCACUGUGUUUUUGAUGACUUUCCUGGAUGCCUUGGAGACAGGUUAUGGGAAGUACAAGAACCCUUACCAUAACCAGAUCCAUGCAGCUGACGUUACACAGACGGUCCAUUGCUUCUUGCUCCGCACAGGGAUGGUGCACUGCCUGUCGGAGAUCGAGGUCCUGGCCAUCAUCUUUGCUGCAGCCAUCCACGACUAUGAGCACACUGGCACUACCAACAGCUUCCACAUCCAGACCAAGUCAGAAUGCGCCAUCCUGUACAAUGAUCGCUCAGUGCUGGAGAAUCACCACAUCAGCUCUGUUUUCCGAAUAAUGCAGGACGACGAGAUGAACAUUUUCAUCAACCUCACCAAGGAUGAGUUUGUAGAGCUGCGGGCCCUGGUCAUCGAGAUGGUGUUGGCCACAGACAUGUCCUGCCAUUUCCAGCAAUUGAAGUCCAUGAAGACGGCCUUGCAGCAGCUGGAAAGGAUUGAUAAGCCCAAGGCCCUGUCUCUACUGCUGCAUGCUGCUGACAUCAGCCACCCAACCAAGCAGUGGUCGGUUCACAGCCGCUGGACCAAGGCCCUCAUGGAGGAAUUCUUCCGCCAGGGUGACAAAGAGGCAGAGCUGGGCCUGCCCUUUUCUCCGCUCUGUGACCGCACUUCCACUCUCGUGGCACAGUCCCAGAUUGGUUUCAUUGACUUCAUCGUGGAACCCACGUUCUCUGUGCUGACUGAUGUGGCCGAGAAGAGUGUCCAGCCCAUGGGGGAGGAAGACUCCAAGUCUAAAACCCAGCCCAGCUUCCAGUGGCGCCAGCCUUCUCUGGAUGUGGAAGUGGGAGAUCCCAACCCCGACGUGGUCAGCUUCCGCUCUACCUGGAUCAAAUACAUUCAGGAGAACAAGCAGAAAUGGAAGGAACGGGCGGCAAGCGGCGUCACCAACCAGAUGUCCAUUGACGAGCUGUCCCCCUGUGAGGAAGAGGCGCCAGCCUCCCCUGCCGAAGAUGAACACAACCAGAACGGGAAUCUGGACUAGCCUGGGGCUGGCCCAGGUCCUCACCGAGUCCAAAGUGUUCGAUGUCGUCAGCACCACCCAUCGGGACUGGCUCCCCCAUCUGCUCCAAGGGAGCAUGGACAUCAAGGAACAGACACCCCACCCGAAGGACAGACGCCAGAGAUUGCGGGAUUGGGGAAAGGGCCUGUCCCCACCCGACACCCACUGGGGCGCACUUUAAUCUGCCGGCGGCAAGACUGGGGAACUUCAGGCUCCCAGUGGUCACUGUGUCCAUCCCCCCCCCCCGCCUCUGGACUCUCCCUAUGGCCAGAUGGUCAGCUGGAGGGGAGCUUCCUGGAGGCUUCCCAGGGCCUGCGGGGGAGGGUUGGAGAUGCCAGCCCCCUGGGUCCUCCCGCAUCCUUCUUGCCUCCAAGUUUCUAAGCAAUACAUUUUGGGGGUUUCCUCAGCCCCCACCCCAGACCUUAGCUGGCAGGUCUGGGUCCCCCUUUUCCUCCCCUGGGAAGGGCUGGAAUAGGAUAGGAAGCUGGGGGUUUUCAGAGCCCUAUGUGAGGGUAGGGGAGUGGGCUCCUUCAGGGCAUGGUACCUUUCUAGGGCCUGGGAAUGGGGGGCAUCCUCUUUACCCCAGACCUGCACUGCUUCAGUCCCAUCCCCAGCCCAGACCCUGCAAUCUUCCCUCUCUCCCAUUCUGCAAUGGUGACUGGGGGAAGAGGAGCCAUUGCCACCAGGGGCUGAGAGGAGGCCUUUCCUGGGGUGGCCAAGGACUCGGGACUGGUCUAGGCCCCUGGGGCUUGUCAUCUGCCCUGGCUGAGUCCUGAACCCUUUGCCUCCUUCCUCUCCCCUGGGGCUGGGAGGCUCCCAUCCGACCAAUGUCUGUACAGUGCUUUGAAGUCUCCCCAGCAAAGCACCUUCAGGAUACAUCCUACGGGCACAGGAGGGGAGAGCUGGGUUGGGGUCAAGGGCGCAUGGGGAGGGUGAGGUGUAACCCAGUAAUCCUGUGUUGCUGACAGAGAGGGUCCCUCCCCCUCCUAGCCCCGGCCCAAGAGGCCCCUCCCCAGGACAAGUGGGGAGUGGCGGGUGGAAGGCAGACGGGCAGGGGCUCAGGACUGCUGCUCUCAUGUCCUCUGGAGAGAGCCCAGCCAGGCCCCUGCCCCUUCCUCUCCUCAGGCUCCUCUCACCCGGCUUUGUCCCAGGAAGGGCCCAAGUCCAGGUGACUGCCCUCCUCCUUUCUUGUACCAACCAUGCAUUUGUACAGUGGGCCCUGUUCCUGUGAAGUCAUAUCCAUGGUCUCUUAGACCUGCCACCUGCCACUUGUCCCUCCUACCCCACCCUGAGUGGGGCAGAGACGCAUGAGACUCACCCCCACCCUUGGUCUCCCAGAAUCCUGCUAUAGCCAGAGAUCAAUAAAGAAGGGAGACCUGG